AUUGUACAUGUACGUACUUUGAGUAAAUGAGACACUGGCGCAUAUUAUGUGUAAUGGCUAUGUAUCUGUUUUUAUUUCAACUUUUCUGUCGUUUUAUCAAGGAUCGUAAACGCAACCUUUAAUCUUGAAGUGAUUGAAUAAACAGAAAAUCAUACAUACAUAAUUCAAACGCUAUGUUAACAAGAAAGAAAUGAACUCGACAGAGGAUGGCUUAGUACAAGACAAGUACAGCGAUACAAAUGGCGGCCAAACGAAUGCAUCUCUCUCUGUGGGUCGUAUAUGCUUUUGUUUUCUACUUCUUUUUAGGGAUACGUGGUGACGUUCCUGAUGAUACUGUCUACACCGAGUUGCACAAAGAUGUUAGAAUAGGAGACAGUGCAGUAUUGACAUGCCAUUUUCGAGGUUCACCGUUGGCUGUCUAUUGGAAGAAAGGUGAUGACCCAAGAAGCGCACCAAACCUUGUAUCAUGGAUUCCUUCUGAUGACGUCACCGGUUUAUGUGAAGGUCAAAGACCAUGUGAGAUCAUGGAGAUGAAUGAAAAUCGCUCCUUGGUCAUCAAAGAAGUCAGUAUGGCCGAACAAGGUCGAUACAUCUGCAGAGUUUCUAACUACAAGGGAAUUCUAAUACACAACUUCACAGAUAUCAGACUGUUUUCUCCUCCUGUAGAACCCUACCCAAUCAUCAACCAGUGUCAGAGAAAGGAAGGUUCUAUGAAAUCUACUUCUCCUUCAAAGGGUUGCAGGAUUUCAACCGACACGCCUGUAAACAUCACAUGCUCAGUCUUCGGAUUCUACCCGGAUAUCAACCUGUUCUUCCUUCAUGGGUCUUCAAAGGUAACCAAUUUUAAGAGUAUUGAGUGGGAAAAUGAAGACGGUUCUAAGAACCAAACCAUAUUGAUAGAAGCUAGAGUCAGUGACCGGCCAUAUGUAUGCAUUGCGUCAGAUGUACCUGGUUCAACAGAGGAGAGAGCCUGGGAGAUAUUCCUAGAUCGAGUCCCUUCAGAUGAGACAACGUCAGCCAAUCCCGAGAAAGGUGAUAUAAGUAGUGCCACAAAUCCCGCGAAGAUUGUGGUACCAAUCCUACUGAUACUUGCAGUCGCCACGGCAUGCAUGGUAUUCUUGUGGCGGAGAUCAAGGAAACGGCAGGCCAGACGUCACAUAGGUAGACGUGAUGUCGAGGAGUCAGAGUUAUUGGUGCAGAAAAUGAAGGUACAAGGGGUUGUCUCUUUUUAUGAACUGUGGCUACUGGCUUAUGACACUCCGAAUGAUGAGAUGGCAAAGGUAUACGCUGCUCUUGUUAAGCUUGGUAUUACCAAUAUCAAGGGACAAAUGGGUAGAGGAUUUGUGUAUGAUGCUCUUUGUGAAUGGAAAGAGAGAUCAUAUGCACCUGACCAACCACAGAUGUUAAGAGAUGCCUUAGAGGAAGUGGGCCUUGAGAGUACAUGGCAAGUUAUUUAUGACCAAGUGCGACAGGUCAAUUAUUCUACCAAAGUACCAGAAGGAACAUUCGAACAAAUCCUGCUUGACCUAAAAGAAAAAAAAGCAAUUAAAAAAUUCCUUAAUAACUUGUGUCAACGAGAAAAUGUAGUCACAGAAAUUGAGACAAUCAAUGACUCAAAUGACUCUGAAGAGGGCAAUAUGGACGUGGAAAAGUCAGCUCCCGCCAAAGCAAUCAGUGCUACCCACGACGGUCAAGAAAACAGAGAAAACACAGCUCCCGCCAAAGCAAUCAGUGACACGCAUGACGGUAAAGAAAACAAGGAAAACAUAGCUCCCGCCAAAGAAGUCAGUGAUAUCCAUGACGUUGACCAGAACAAGGAAAAGUCAGCUUCCGGCAUGCGAAAGUUAAAGGAAUGGAAUAAAGGUCCUUUCAAACAGAAUCCGUUUGUUCUAGUCAGUCUUGCUCUAGAGAGAGCAGGUUAUGUCCAUAUCUCCAAGACCUUCUUUGACGGCCCUGUAUCCUAUUACGAGCUUAGAUCAUUGAUGCACGACCUACAUACACCUAGCCUAGAGAAGUUAAGAAAAACAAUUUGCGAGCUAGGAAUCGACGAGACAAGUGCAAAUAACUUUGGUCCGCAACAAAUCUACGACUAUCUGUGUCAGUGGAAAGACGGACACCCCCAGGUAGAUCAAGGAAAAUUAUUACAUGACGCGCUUUUAAGAGCCGGUCAUGAGGAAGCCUGGUCGAAAGUCUUAGAACAAAGGAAGAAAAAAUCAGAUGUAUGUGAAAGUACGUUCAAGAAGAUACUCUGUAACGUCACAGCCCCAGCAGUGAUACAGCAGCUCCUGAAAAGGCUAGACCCAGACAUAGCUAAAGAUUUGGAUACCUCACUUGAGACAGAUUUUACGCCAAAAGCCUUGGAAGCAAUGAAGGAAUGGAAUGAAAGACCUCUCAAUGAAAAUAGAAUGAUCUUGUUAAGCCGUGCCUUGGAGAAAGCUAAAUGCAGGCCGAUUGACAUGACUUUUCUCUACGAAACUAUGUCAUAUUUUGAGCUGUGGUCAAUGGUUCAUUUCGACUUUGAUACUAAUGUGAUAAUGUUACCAUUACGUGAUGCUUUGAAGGCGAUGGGAGUACUAGGUAUAGAUGAGACAAUUAGUCGGCAUGAGCUUUAUCAUCUUCUUUGUAAAUGGAAGGAAGAACACUCUAAUUGCGACCAACGUCUGGUGUUCAAAGUUCACUUGCUUAACGAAGGACUUCACAAAGAAUGGGAAAAUCUCAGUGAUCUGAGGCUUGGAACAGACCGGAUCAUUUCUGAUGAAACACUGGAACAUAUUUUGUGGCACUUGAAAACUCCAGGAAAGAUCCAACAUUUUAUUCAUAAGCUGACCAAUACCGACCAAGAAUCAAUACCUGAAGAUUCAAAUCUACCAGAGAGCAUCAGGAUUGCUCUGACUAGAUUGGAGUUGUGGAAGAAGGGCCCCAUCAAUAUACAUCCUGUGAUUCUAUUAAGCGAAGCGCUGGAAUCAGCAAAAUGCUCUAACGUUGCCAUGACCUUCUUUCAAGGUAAUUAUAUGAAAGAACGAAGGUUCAGUCUUGUCUUUUUAUUCAAGCAUGCAUAGAUGAUAUCAGAUAUCACAUUUGCAAAAAACAAACAAACACAAAAAACGCCUACCGGAGGUGUGGUC